AAACGAAUUCAGUUUCAACGAGUUGUCCGACACAACUGAGACUUUGAAGUGCAGAAAGGUUGAGUUACAAUCGGAAAUCUUGCACCUCUUGCCCUUCAUUUCGGUCGGUUUCGACGCAAAUUCGGCCAUUCUGAGCAAACAACUGUUGGAGAAGCAGGCAAGGUUCAAACGGUUGAUGCGCAAGCUCGAAUGUGUGGAGAAGAGUUUGCAACGAAACCAAUUUUACGACCAUUAUUUCCAACAUGGAAGAGGAGGAACAAGUAUUCUUGAAGUAGUAACUGAAAACUCAGGUUAAGUCGUGUUUAGUUAGUUAGUUCGUUGUUAUUUCAACCCUAGUUAUUAGUUGUUAUAAAAUUGACUUUUCGUUAGUUCGCGUACAGUUACAAUUAAUAGUUUAUUUUUCCAAAAACUUUCCAAAAAUUAAGGAAAACUUCAAACGAAGCGACGCAAGCGCCAACUUGCGGCAGCCCGAUCGUCGACAACAAUCACGGACGUACGUCCAUCUCUGGUGUUCGUCUUUCCGUCCAACUACUCGAAAUUAGUUUCCACACCGCAAUAAGCCCGCCAUUCCCGACAAUCACACUUGGUGCCCGGUCAAAAGCAAUUCGUCCGUUACGAACCUGUGUCCUGGAUUGCCUAGUGGGCAAGGUCCCGUUUUGUGCCCGUUUUUCGCAGCCGGUUGUCGUUCGGGACGCGAAAAUAUGACAGAAGUCACAGUUUAGGAGCCGGAUUUCAUAACUCGCGCUGCAACUUUUGCGUAUAACCUUCAAAACAUGGAAGAUAUGCAAACUGAUGCAGUAGGGGAUAAUGGAACUAAGAACGAGACGUGUGACGAGCCCAUGGAUGUCGAAGGUGACAGCUCUGCGAAAUCGGCCUUAGCCUGUGCCGUUAAAGAAUCUGACAGCACACAGACAACGCAAGAUUCAAUUGACAAUGAAACUGCCAGCACCAAGUCAAACAAAGAAAAUAAUCCUGUGCAGGAAAAAGUUACUCCUGAAUAUGAAACAGAGUGUAAGGACCCUAAACUGGAGACUGAAGUGUGUUUGGAAACCGACUGUGCUAAAGAUGUGAUUAAAACUCAAGACGCAAGCACAAUAUCAUCUGAAAGUGCUGAUAAAAAGAAUCCAGAGUUGGAUACAUGUGAUAAUAAAAUUGAUGAUAAAAUACAAGAGGUAAACAAUAAAAACAAUGAGAAGUCAGAUGUAUGUGAUAGUAAAAUUGAUGACAAAACACAAGAUACAAAUGAAGAAAGCAUUAGUGAAAAUAAAGAGAAGUCAUGUGAGGAUACAAAUAUUGAAGAAAUACCUGAAAGCAUCAAUGUAAAUAAAGAUGAGUUGUGUAAAGAAAAAAAAAUAUCUGAAACCAUCAGUGAAAAUCAAAAGGAGUCACAUGAAGAUAAAAGCCUUGUAAAAAUACCUGAAAGCAUCAGUGAAAAUAAAGGGGAGUCACAUGAAGAUGAAAAAGGAGAAAAUAAAGUGGAGUCAUGUGAAGAUGAAAAAAUAUCUGAACCUAUUAGUGAAAAUAAAGAGUCACAUGAGGAAGAAAACCUUGCAAAAAUACCUGAAAACAUUAAUGAAAAAAAAGAGGAGUCAUCUGUGGAUAAAAAUACUGAAAAAACACCAGAAAUCAUAAAUGAAAAGAAAGAAUCACAUGACUCUGGUAAUAAAAUUGAUGGAAUUAAAAUCACUGAUGAAACACCUAUAAGCACCAAAGAAAAGACUGAGGACUCAGAUGUUUGUAUUGAAACUAAUAAAAACACUGAACUGGAAUGUGUUAUAAUUGAUAGUAAAACACCUGACAAUAAUAAACCAGAACUAGAUGAUGAUGAUGAUGACGAUGUGCAGAUUAUCUUAGAUGAUAAAGACAAAUCAUUUAAUAAAAGAAAACGCACAGAUUCAGAUAACAAUCCUACAAAAAUACUAAGAAACGGUGUCAGUGAAUCUGGUUUAAAAUCAACAGAUAAUGCUGAAGAUGAAUUUAAUACUGAUGAUGAUGAUUUUGAUCCAUCGCUGCUGUGCCCUGAAGUGUCCAUGGAUGUAGAUGAAUCUCCUGUUAAUACUACAAGCAAUGUGAUACCAUCAGAUGGCAACACCAGCCCUCUUCUUUACACUCCAGUAUUUUCAACAUUGGUCGACGAAAUGACCGGUGCCGAAGUUACACUAAACCUAAGCGAGAAAGAGCUUGAGCUGAGGAACCAAUUGUAUGGCCCAGCUAAUCCGGUGCAAUAUGUACGUUCGCACUGCACCGCCUGCAACGUGCAUCUGGGUUCAGCGCUUGAGGCUCAGAAGAAUCGCUUCAUUCAUCCUAUGUUAAAGGUUUUGGUGUGCAAGGAGUGCUACAACUUCUAUUGUAGCGGCGAGUUCGAAAAGGACGAGGACGGCAGCGAGUUGUACUGUCGAUGGUGUGGACAAGGUGGACAGGUGUUUUGCUGUUCGCGAUGCGAGUUCGUCUUUUGCAAGAAAUGCAUAAGGAACAACUUUGGUAGGAAGAAACUAAUUGAAGUGAACCACAGCGACGAGUGGGAGUGCUUUCGUUGUGAUCCCUCCCAAUUGGCACCUUUACGGGCACACGUUGCUGAAUUGUUUGACUACGUUCGUAACGAAAUAUCACGGGCCGCUUGCUUGAACGACUCCGACUUCCUGAAGACCGACCACUCGCGCUGCUGCAACAAAAAAAUGAAAACGACCGAAGGCGAACAGGACGCGUCCGAGGCCGUGCCCCGUAAACGGCGUCGCGUCAAGAGCGAGACCGAUCCGGACUUCGUGCCGCAGGCGGAAGAGCCGAAGGUGGCCAAAGUCUCGCCUCUGCCGAUGCUCCUGCCCAAACCGACGUCCCCACCUAAGGUGUCUGCUGCGACGGUCGCCUCUCCGACUUCGUCGAUGACGCAGGUCGUGGUGGCCGGGAACAGGUUACAGAAUCCGCAGGGCGUCAACGUGCCGGGAAUCACGGUCUAUCAGAAAAAGAAGCCGCUCAUAUUGAUGCCGCCCGGUGCCUCACAAGCGGGAAUCAGGUUAAGGGCGCCCAGCGCCACCAUCGCGUUUCGUCCGGUUACCGCUCAAACGGUGCGUAACACAACACCAGGGCUGAAAAUCGGCCAAACAACGGUGCAACGUUCACCGUCGGUUACGGUGCAGCGAUUCACGAGACCGCGCGUCCAGGCAAUCGUCGCCACGACUCCGUCGACGGUGGCGGCUCCGCCUACUCCGCGUCCAUUUGGCUACCGUCUCCAGCACGAAUGGUUCGAAAAGACGGUGCGCGCCAGCGCCAAGGUGAACUCAAACCUAUCGUUCACGCUGACGCAGCUCGGUAAGGCGCAGGCGCGAGCCUCGACCGUCGAGAGUCUGGCGGUGGUGCACAACAAGCUGCAAGAGAUACUCAGCACGUCCAUUAACUCGCUGAUACAGAUCAGAAAGAAUCUGCGCACCGAAUUCAUUGCCGGCAUCAAGAACAUUAAGUUUCCGCUUAAGGAACCGCAACAAGAGGUUGCCCCACCGCCUCCCGAUGAUGAUUGUGUUAUCGUCGCCGAUACCAACGAACCUUCGACGUCAGUUCCUCCGCCACUUGUGCCACUCGCGUUGCCAUCGACUUUAGCACCGGUUGCCACUAUUAAAUCGAUCACGCCCUCCACUAGCAAACCGAAGGACACGUUGGCGAAGACCGACAACGGUGUCAAACCCAAAGGGUUCAUCAAAGUCAAAUCAUUCUCUGAUUUACAGAUGAAAGACUGCAUCACCAUUCCUGAUGACUCCGGUAGCAUGAAAGAUCCUCUUGACAUAUCGAGUGAAAUCCUCGAAAAAGCUAAGAAUAUCAUAAAGAAUAAUAAACUAUGCAAAACCUACAGCAAAGUUUGGCUGAAAGUUUCUAACGAUGAAACCCCUGGAAAAAGUGACAGAAAUAAUGAUAAUGAUAUAAAUAACAAAAAUGAAGCAGUUAAAGACAAAAACAACGAAUUACAGAAAAAGACUAAGGAGAAAACGAAAAACCAAAAAUCUUUUUCACCGGCCAAUAAAAUUAAAAAAGAACCGAUAGACACUCCUACACCAAGCUUACCAAGAACAAAAAACAACUUGUCCAACACAAAAAAUCAGAAAUUGUUCGACCAUUUGCCGAAGAUUGAAAUCAAAUCGGAACCAAUCGACAUUGAGGAACAAGAUCUCUCUUCCUAUUCAGAAGUAACUGAAAAAGUAACCUUUAACAAAAGCGAAAUCGAAUGUCCCAAUGAAGCUGUGAAACGGAUGCUCGAUGUUAAGGUGUGUCUGGUGCGCUCCAAAAAAGUGGAAGAACUGUGUUCCAAACUGAAAAAACAGAAAAAGUUGAACAAUUUGUAAAUAGGAAGUCGCGUCUUGUGGUCUGUUUUAAAGACACACUAUGAAUCUGUGCAUUUGUUUUCGAUAGGGUAAAUUUAGAAUUUUAUAUUGUUAAUUUAUGCAAAUUGAGUUUUGCAAGAUGAGUUUUGGCAGUUGCGUUUAUUUGUUUUAUUUAUGAUUGUACAUAUUUUUCCUAUAAAUGUAUAACUUAUUUGCAAUUUUUUAUUAUAAUAAAAUUAUUUUGUUAAUCAUAAUUUUAUGAUCGUUGUUCUCCUGUACUAAUGUACCAUUUUUUAACAAAA